AAGACAUGUCUCAUUUAAAGAUGUUAAGUUAACUUUUUUGGACUUUGUUUUGUUCUGAAACUUCAUUUUCUUCCAGAUAUUUUUACUUUCUGAUUUAACUUUAAAGAAAAGUGGGAAAAGUUUUUUUUGUUUUUUCGCGUGUGUGUGGGUCUGUGUGUGUGUGUGUGCGUGUGGGUCUGUGUGUGUGUGUGUGUGUGUGUGUGUGUCAGUCAUGGAGCUGGAGCGUCUCAGCGGCGGCGGGGUCAAACCCGAGCGGGGCAACAGUCGUCUCUACAGGAUAGUGCUGGCCAUGUGUGUGUGUGUGUGUGCCGCUCUGCUGCUCGCACUCAUACUGGUUUCUCAUAAAUCUAGCCAGGAGGAGUUGUGUCUGACCCCAGAAUGCAUUGAAGCCGCGGGGUCUGUUCUGAGUAAAAUGGAUCAGUCCGUUAACCCCUGCGAGGACUUCUAUGGUUUCUCCUGCGGCGGUUGGUUGAAGGACAACCCGAUCCCCGAAGACUCCUCCUCGUUCGGCAUCUACCCGUGGCUGCGACAGAAUGUCGACCUCCGACUCAAAGUGCUACUAGAAGCUCCUUCAGACCCCGAUGAACUGGAGGCCGUGACCAAAGCUAAGAUCCUCUACCGCUCCUGUAUGAAUGAGACUAUCCUGGAGAAGAUGGACACCAAACCCAUGCUGAAGACACUCCGACUGCCGGAGUUCCGGUGGCCCGUUGUGGGGGAUGGGCUCGGCGGGGAGCACCGGUGGUCGGCGGAGGAGUGGAGCCUCCGGAAGACUCUGACGGAGAUGAGGAACCAGCACAGUAAGAGUGUCCUGGUCCGCCUGUACGUCAGCCCCGAUGACAAGAUAUCCUCACAAUACAUCAUCAAGCUCGAUCAGGCGUCCUUGACUCUGCCCUCCAGGGAGGACUACGUCACCAACUCUUCCUCAGCCCGGGCGUAUCGUGCCGCCUUGCUGAGCUGGAUGGUGGACACGGCCGUCAUGCUGGGAGCUCCAGAGAAAGCAGCGCUGACCCAAAUGAAAGAGGCUCUUGACUUCGAGCUCAAAGUGGCUCAUUUCCUGAUUCCUUAUGAGAACCGGAACAGUGACAACAUGUACAACAAAAUGUCACUCUCUGACCUACAGAGCUCCAUACCACAGUUUGAUUGGCUGGGCUUCGUGAAGGCCGUGGUGGAGUCCGACGCCGACCCGGCUCGGUCCAUCUCCUCCUCCGAGCUCGUCAUCGUCCGAGCGCCGCAGUACUUCAAAGACCUGUUCAAGCUCAUCGACACCACAGAUAGCAGGACCGUAGCUAACUACGUACAGUGGCGGUCGGUCUUAUCCAGGAUCACCACUCUGAGCCGCCGUUUCCUCUACAGAUACCUGGACUUCGCUCGGGUAACCACGGGAACCACCUCCCUGACCCCGCGCUGGGACAAGUGUGUGAACUACGUGGAUAACUCUCUUGUUUACGCCACCGGGCGCCUCUUUGUCAACACACACUUCGAGGAGGACAAGAAACACAUGGUGCGUGUGCUCGGGAGACGACGCCACGUCCCAGAUCGAGGGUCAAGUGCGCAGGUUUUGUGUACAUCUGCAACAGAUGUGCGCACUGAUUUAAGUGUAUUUUGUUUGCGUGAUGGAGAUGGGUGUGUCUGUGUGUGUGUGUGUGUGUGCAUCCUCUGCAAGCGGCCUCCUCCAGUUGACCUGCGUGUGCGUGCUCCUCAGAUGGAGGAGCUGAUCGACGGCGUUCGCUGGGCCUUCAUCGACAUGCUGGAGAAGGAGAACGACUGGAUGGACCCACCAACGAAGAAGAAGGCCGUGGAGAAGGCUCAUGCAGUCAUGGCUAAAGUCGGCUAUCCCGAGUUCAUCCUGAACAACACCUUCCUCAACGAAGACCUAAAGCAGCUCAGGUUCAGUGAGAAGGACUACUACGGGAAUGUAUUGCAGACGUUGAAGUUCAUCGCCCAGUCCGACCUCACCUGGCUCCGAAAGAGCGUCCCGCGAACAGAGUGGUUCACAAACCCAACGACUGUGAACGCCUUCUACAGUUCCUCCACCAAUCAAAUCCGGUUUCCUGCCGGAGAGCUUCAGAAACCUUUCUUUUGGGGAAGAGAGUAUCCGAGGUCGUUAAGCUACGGCGCCAUCGGGGUGAUAGUAGGACACGAGUUCACGCACGGCUUUGACAAUAACGGUCGCAGGUAUGACAAAAAUGGCAACCUGGGCCAGUGGUGGACCAACUCGUCCAUAACAGCCUUCACUGAGAAGACCCAGUGCAUGAUAGACCAGUAUAAUGGCUACCACUGGCAGGAGGCGGGCCUAAACGUUCGGGGAAAGAGGACUCUGGCGGAAAACGUAGCGGACAACGGAGGAAUAAGAGAGUCUUUCAGGGCGUACCGGCGGUGGGUGGAGGUGAGCAGAGGCGGCGUGGAGGAGUCUCGGCUGCCCGGAGUCUCACUGAGCAACAACCAGCUGUUCUUCCUCAGCUACGCACAUGUGAGAUGUAACUCCUACAGACCAGAAGCAGCAAAGGACCAAGUCCAGAGUGGAGCCCACAGUCCUCCGAAAUACAGGGUUAUCGGAGCGAUGAGCAACUUCGAGGAGUUCCGGAAAGCGUUCAGCUGCCCCGAGUCGUCGGUCAUGAACCGCGGCGCAGAGUCCUGCCGGGUGUGGUGACCUUUGACCUCUGACCCCAGCGUGACCCUGAACCAGCCCAGAGCUGCCAGACAAAAAGGCGGAUGAACGCUGAACUCGGCAGACGAUACAAAAUGAGUUCUUCUCACGGAAAACACACUUUCAUGUUAAAUGUUAAAGACUGAAGCCGUUUGUUAAAGCACUGCUGUUUAUUGUCACUGCAACAUAUUUUAAAACUUUUUCCACAGGUACAUAAAUCAUGACUGAAGUUAUUAUGGAUCAUAGAAAUAUUGGAGAAAAGACGCUAUCACUUUUUACUACAUGCGCCCUCUUCGUAUUGUAAGUGUGACUCGAGAUCCUUUCGGAAUGAAUAUGUAUAUAUAUAUAUAUAUAUAUAAAACAUUUAUAUAUAUAAAAAUAUUUGAAAAAAAUGUAAGUAACAAUACAAUGAGUAUCCUGGUUUUUAGGUCAAAUAUUAUGGUAAAUAUUACAUUUCAUGUCAUAUAGCUGACGCUUUUAUCCAAAGUGACUCGAGAUCCUUUAGGAAUAAAUAUAUAUAUUUAUAUAAUAUAUAUAAUAUAUAUAUAAAUAAAAAAUAUAUAUAAAAGAAAUAUAUAUAUAUUUUUAAAGUAACAAUACAAUGAGUAUCCUGGUUUUUAGGUCAAAUAUUAUGGUAAAUAUUAAAUUUUAUGUCAUAUAGCUGACACUUUUAUCCAAAGUGACUCGAGAUCCUUUAGGAAUAAAUAUAUAUAUAAUAUAUAUAUAUAUAUAUAAAUAAAAAAUAUAUAUAAAAGAAAUAUAUAUAUAUAUUUUUAAAGUAACAAUACAAUGAUUAUACUGGUUUUUACGUCAAAUAUUAUGGUAAAUAUUAAAUGUUAUGUCAUUUAGCUGACGCUUUUAUCCAAAGUGACUUAAAAUAAGUUUAUUGAAACACGAUGACCAACUCAGAACAACGAGAAUCAAGAACGUAACGUUUCUUCAAGAAUCCAAACUACAAAAAUAUCAUAAGUAUAAUAAUCUGUUUUUAUUCAAAGUAUAGUGAGAACAGAUGUAGAGAGUUAUACAUCAGAUCAAUGUCUGCAUGAAUUUAUCAGACGACCCAAUAUUACUGUAUGUUUGAGCAUAAAUAUAAAACACAAAACGAGGUUUAAUAUUUACAAUUUUAUCUCUUAAACCACAUUUUUAUAACUUUUUAAAUGAUUUUUAAAACGUGUAUCAUACUUCUGUACUUGUAAGGCAGUUAAAAAAUGUAAAUGAUGUCAAAGUGUUUUUUAAGACUUAUUGUGAGGGUAAACAACAAUGAGUGUGUGUAGGUGUGUGGGUUCCCCUUUGAUAUGUGAUAUACAGGACUGUCUCAGAAAAUUAGAAUAUUGUGAUAAAGUUCUUUAUUUUCUGUAAUGCAAUUAAAAAAACAAAAAUGUCAUGCAUUC